GUGACAUACUCCGUGGAUGCUAGCACGGGUAAGCUGUCCAAGGUGGGAAGUCAGGAUGCUGGAGGCACCUCGACAUGCUACUUGACGUUGGACAAGGGGUCUGAGAACUUGCUCGUCGUCAAUUAUUGGAACGCCACCAUCGGCGUUUUUGGUCUCGACAAGGAUUCUGGUUUGGUGGGCAACUCCCGAAGUAUCUUUGACCCCAAUGAGGGCCGAGGAAUGAAGGUCAGCCACGCCAAGCAUGUGAACCAUUCAGAGAACGACCCGAAUGCGCAGAAGGAGAGGCAAAGCGAUCCGCACUCUCACGCAGUCAUUCUGGACCCGUUCUUCGGCCAGAUAGCGUACGUGCCUGAUUUGGGUAUGGAUCUCAUUCGCCAGUUCAGGUUCAACCCCCAAAGCGGCAAGCUGGAGGCCGCCGGCUUCUGCAGGUCGGGUCCCGAGAGCAAGUCUGCCCUUGGCCCGCGAUAUAUCGAGUUCCACCCGACGCUCCCAUACGCCUACGUCGUCAACGAGCUUUCCUCUGAGGUUUCUGUUUUUGCCUUCGAUCGCGAUGCCGCAGAGGACAUGUUGAGCAGCUCGGAUGUGUCCACGGCAGCGCCGACACUUCGCCUGGUGCAGACUGUGAGAACCAUUCCUGAUGCCUGGCCGAGUGACAUGAACACGUGUGGGCGAAUAGCUGUGCACAACUCUGGCCAUUUCGUGCUUGUUUCCAACAGAGGGCACAACAGCAUCACCGUCUUCCGCGUAGCUCAUGAGCUCGGGCACCAGGGGCAACUCUCCCUGGCGCACUUGCAGCACACACGCGGUGCCACCCCGCGCCACUUCCAAUUCGAUAGCUCAGGCCAGUGGCUGAUCUCAGCAAACCAGGACUCUGACAAGAUUUCUGUUUUCCGCUUUAACAUUGCCACUGGCACCAUGGAGUGGACGGGCAACGAGUACCACGUGCCUUCUCCCAACUUCGUUUGCUGCCUGAGGCCGCAGAUGAGAAUGUCCGCGCACAGCCAGCCCGCGUCAUCCAAUGGUGGCGAUGUCGAAGCUAUGAGGUCUGCAUCUCCUCGACUACGCUUCAUGCAUGAGAUCAUGCGCAGAAAAUUGCACCGGAGCUUACCUCCAAAUGAGGUUAGGGGCGAUGCGGUCAUGGAGUGUGAGGGUGGGGCGUGGAUCAAUGCAUUGAUAAGCCUGGGAUAG